UAAAGAAUAAAGAGACCGCACCAUAAAAUCAACCGAAUUUUCCUUUUAUCAGUGUCCGGCGACCUUAAACUGCGGACCUAGCACCCAGGAUUGGGUUGAGGACCACAGCAAAUCAGCAAUACCACUCUGCGAUUCCAUGGCGCCCAAGCACCUUGUUUUGAUUUAUUUCUAACAUUUUCUUGAUGUUGGCGUUUAUUCUUCCUUUUGUGCAUGCUCGUCAUUGACUCAUCUCUGCUACUUUCUCGAGGCUUUGUCCUUAAAAAGCCUUAAACCCUUCUCCAACGCAAAACCCAUUUCCCCUUUCCUCUUUUCUUCCUUCUCCUCCUCCAAUUUAUAGCUCCAGAACUGAGAAUUCUUGGAAUUCCAGGGAGUAGUUUUGUAUUUUGGGGACAAAAUAGAGCUAUGUCUUGUGUUACUUUAAACCUGGUACCUUCUCUCAAUCUUGAUGGCAGCAACACCAGUGCCAACUCUGCCAGAUUAUCAAACAAUCUCUCUUGCUUCAUUGGCAACUCUUCUUCUUCGUCUUCCUUCUUUCUGGGACCCUUGAGUUCCAUUCACAGCAAAAAUCGUUGUGAUUCCCUCCGUGUAAUCAGGGGCUCUAGGUCGUUUUCCUCGGUGUUCAAGUGUGUUUCCCAGAAAUCAGAAUCGUCAGUUUCGAUUAAUGCCCGUGGCAACGGUGCUUCUGAAGAAAGGGUGGUUGUGUUGGUUAUUGGUGGUGGGGGAAGAGAACAUGCACUUUGCUAUGCCUUGCAACGAUCGCCUUCAUGUGAUGCUGUCUUUUGUGCUCCUGGCAAUGCGGGUAUUUCCAACUCUGGGAAUGCUACUUGUAUUCCAGACCUUGACAUCUCCGAUAGCUCAGCUGUGAUCUCUUUCUGCCGCAAAUGGAAUGUGGGAUUGGUUGUUGUUGGACCAGAGGCACCUCUAGUUGCUGGAAUUGCAAAUGAUCUAGGGAAGGCUGGAAUCCUUACUUUUGGCCCAUCUGCAGAGGCUUCAGCUUUGGAAGGCUCAAAGAACUUUAUGAAGAGCUUGUGUGACAAAUAUGGAGUUCCAACUGCAAAGUACCAAACAUUUACAGAUCCAUCUGCUGCAAAGCAAUAUAUUCAGGACCAGGGAGCUCCUAUAGUUAUCAAAGCAGAUGGAUUGGCUGCUGGGAAAGGGGUUAUUGUUGCUAUGACACUGGAGGAGGCAUGUGAAGCUGUGGAUUCAAUGCUUGUGAAAGGAGUUUUUGGUUCUGCAGGUUGCCGUGUCAUUGUUGAGGAAUAUCUGGAAGGAGAAGAAGCAUCUUUCUUUGCACUGGUGGAUGGAGAGACUGCUAUUCCCUUAGAAUCUGCUCAGGACCAUAAGCGUGUUGGAGAUGGCGAUACAGGGCCUAAUACUGGUGGUAUGGGGGCGUACUCUCCUGCACCAGUGUUAACAGAAGAACUUCAGUCAGUAGUUAUGGAAACUAUAAUUCUCCCAACAGUGAAAGGAAUGGCAGCAGAGGGUUGUAAGUUCGUUGGAGUUUUAUAUGCUGGGUUAAUGAUAGAGAAGAAGUCUGGCUUGCCUAAGUUAAUUGAGUACAAUGUACGAUUUGGCGAUCCAGAGUGCCAGGUACUAAUGGUUCGGUUGGAAUCUGAUCUGGCUCAAGUUCUGCUUGCUGCAUGUAGAGGAGAGUUAAGAGGAGUAUCACUGAACUGGUCCCCAGGGUGUGCCAUGGUGGUGGUAAUGGCAAGUAAAGGCUACCCUGGAUCCUAUGAGAAGGGGACUGUUAUUGGAAAUCUUGAAGAGGCUGCAAAUGUUGCUCCAACAGUUCAGAUAUUUCAUGCUGGAACUGCUUUGGAUGCAGAUGGCAACUUCAUUGCUACUGGGGGCCGCGUGCUUGGGGUUACUGCCAAGGGAAGUGAUCUUCAAGAGGCAAGGGAUAAAGCCUAUCUGGCAGUUGAGGAAAUCAACUGGCCAGGAGGGUUUUACAGGCGGGACAUAGGGUGGCGAGCACUUCCCCAGAAGCAAUUUGCUACAAGAAAAUAAAUUAACACUGAGGUAAUCGAUGUUGCCCAUUUGAAAAUACAAAACUUUACAUAUUGUAGGAUAUUUUGAAUCAUCCAUGGAAGAUAAAUGGUUACCCUUCAGAGGCCAUUCUAGCAUACAGUCCAAUGAUCAAACAGAGAAAGAUAAAUCCCUUGGGGCAGUUCUUGAAUUUGAAAGAUAUCUAUCUGUAAUGGGAUUACACUUCAGAAGUCUCUUGUUUUCCAUUGAACGGAUAAAAUGGUUGGCUGGUUGCGAUUAAAGAAUAACAACAGAAAAUCAUCACCCUUUUUUUAUUAUUAUUUUUUGAGCAAUGAAAUCCUCAGCUUUUUUA